AUGGCCGAAAAUAAAGAAACUAUAGGUAGUGAUCCUUACAACGCUGCAGAGAAAGGUGAUGAGGAAAGUGAAACAGGAGAGGUGAGACGCAUUGGACCUCAGCUAGCACCAGACGCCAUGGCACCUAGCGGAGGCAUCGGUCCAGCACUGCCAGAGCAUCUCGUGCGUGCACGGAUGGCCGCAGCGGCGGCAGAAGAUGAGACAGCGCCUAUCGAUUUAGGUGCCAUCGGACCCCUCCUACCUGGCAACGAGAUUGUUGAGGAGCUGCGUCACAUCUCUGGGGGGUCGGGAGGUGCUGCACCGUCACGUGUCAAUCCACCUUCCUGUGACGGUUUGGAACACGAGACCUGGAUGACGGACUACCUACCAGUCUCAGCGGAUCCUAGGGCGGCGCUGAAGCCGCGGAAAUUUCGACAGAACGCUCCUUCUGCUUCUGUAGUCGACACUUCGUGGUUCACGGUGUCUGACGGUCAGUCAUCGCACUCUACUGCCGUCACUGCUACUGCCAACAUUCCCAAAUCAGAUCCACACUCCAAGGUGCUGCGUGACGUUGUAUCCGCCAGGGACGACAAAAUGAUGGCUGUUGCAAACGAAUACAACAAGAAACAUCACCGAGAUGAGAGUCUUCUUGAAAGACAUCAGAGGAAGCGUGCCAGGGAGGCUGAGAAGGCAAAAAGGAAGAGACGAGAGAGUAGCAGCUCCACUAAUCCCACCACCACCAGCAGCAGUAACAGUGAUUCAGAGGACGAGGAUGGGAAGAAAAGUCGAAAAAGCCACCGGAAACAUAAGCAUCGGCACCAUAAAAAGGCGAGUUACAUCGGCCCCUUCGCGUGUCUACAUUUCCAAAAAAGGAAGAAUGGAAAGAAAGAGAGGGAAAAGGGGAAGAAGGAGAGCGUAACGGCAGGUCCAACACGGCAGCCCUUCGACAGGGAACGUGAUCUUCUCGUCUCGCGAGUGGACCCACUCAAACGUCGAGCUAUCAUUGAACGAUCCAAACAGUUGGGCUCCAAAUUCGCCCAUGGGGGACAGAAGUUCCUAUGA